AGAUCCUGUCUCUCUAAAACCCAUUGUACUGUCACUUAUUCCUCUCUUUCUUCUCCACGAAAAACCCUAGCCGCUUCUCGCCGUUCAAUCAACGACUCCCCAACAAAAAAUGACAGGAGAGGCAGUGAAUCCAAAAGCGUACCCUUUGGCCGAUGCACAACUCACAUUAACAAUACUGGAUCUUGUUCAACAAGCUGCCAACUACAAGCAGCUCAAAAAGGGUGCUAAUGAAGCGACCAAGACACUGAACAGAGGCAUUUCUGAGUUCAUUGUGAUGGCAGCGGACGCUGAGCCUCUUGAGAUUCUUCUCCAUCUUCCUUUACUUGCUGAGGAUAAGAAUGUUCCCUAUGUGUUCGUCCCAUCAAAACAAGCACUUGGACGAGCAUGUGGAGUCACCCGGCCAGUCAUUUCAUGUUCUGUGACAACUAAUGAGGGAAGUCAAUUGAAAUCCCAAAUACAGCAAUUAAAGGAUGCUAUUGAAAAGCUAUUAAUCUGAAAAUUUGAUAUUCGGUAUGAUGGGCUUCUUGAGUUUUGCUGAAUGCUCCUUCAGAGGCUUUGACUGGUCGAGUUGUUGUUUUCAAUAGGAUAAGGUCGUUUAUAUGUAAACUCACAUGAAUAUUUAUCUCUACUGCAAAAGAUUAUUGGAGGGUAAUUUUUUUUUUUAAGUUAGUGCGAGUGAUGUUUAAACUGUUAUUAUAAAUUGUAUGGACGCUACCGUUUGGUGCCAUUAGAAAUUUUAAACUACCUGAUUAUU